CGCCGCCGCCCCCCGUCCCGCCGCCAUGCCGCUCCGUGUUUCUGCCCGGAGCGCUUAGCGCGGCGCACCCGGCCGGACCGGAAGCCGCACGUGGCGGCGCGGGCGGCACGUGGCGCCCGGUGCUCCCGCCCCGCUCGCGGGCAUGGACCGGCGGCGCGCGCCCCCCGCCCCCCCGCAGUACGGGCGGCGCCGGUUCUGGGACGCGCUGUACCGCCGGGAGGGCGCCGACACCCGCGAGUGGCUCGGGGGGCUCUCCCGGUUCCUCCCGCAGCUGGAGCCCGAGCUGCGCCCCGGUGACCGCAUCCUCGUCCUCGGCUGCGGCAACAGCGCCCUGAGCCACGACCUGCACGAGCGGGGCUACACCGACGUCACCAGCAUCGACUUCUCCCCCGCCUGCAUCGCGGCCAUGCGCGCCCGCUACGCCCACUGCCCCGGCCUGCGCUGGGCCGUCAUGGACAUCCGCGCCCUCGCCUUCCCCGACGCCUCCUUCGACGUGGUGCUGGAGAAGGGCACCCUCGAUGUGCUCAUGGUGAACGAAACCGACCCCUGGGAGGUCUCGCCCCAGGCAGCAGCUGCGAUGCGCCGGGUGCUGGCAGAGGUGAGCCGGGUGCUGCGCCCAGGGGGCUGCUUCAUCUCCAUCACCUUCGCCCAGCCCCACUUCCGCAAGCCCCACUAUGCCCAGGAGGCCUUUGGCUGGUCCCUGCGCCACGCCGCCUGCGGGGACGGGGACGCCGGUGCCUUCCACUAUUUCCUGUACGUCAUGCGCAAGGGGCAGCCCCUGGACCCCCGAGAUGUGGCCCUGGGGCACCGACUGCACCGGCCACCGCCGGCCCCUGCCGCACCACCGCCCCCUGCCCCCCCAGACGACGAUGAGGACUAUCUCCUUGCCAUCCAGCUGUGACCCAGGAGGCUUUGCCAACCUCCCCACACCCAAUAAAGCCUUAAAAUGCUCCAUCCUCACAGGUGGGGGAUAGGGAACCGUGCAUCCCUCUGCAAGCUGCCCAGUGAUGUGAGUMUGGGAGGAAAGAGGGGGAUUCAUGGCCUGCCUUGGUGAUUCUGUGCCCCCUCCCUGGCCUUUCCUCGCUGAGCUGGAGAGCAGCCAGGACUCCAGGCUUUGCAGCCAGUAAUGAAACCAAAUCGGGUUUAAUUUCACCCAUCCAUCUUGCGGGGAGUGGCUCCCUGCCCCCCAUCCCUUCCCCUYRGCACAGGCAGCCRGGCUGAGAGCAGAAUGGGGAUGCAGGCACUGGGUAUGGAGGGCAGGACCAGGGGUGCCCUCUGCUCCACCCCAUUCCCCCCCAUCCUACACCAGGACCCCUGCCCCAGCCUCCCUGGCCAUGGGGGUUUGCAAGGACACCGUGUAAUUGUCACCCCUGGCCAGGCAGCGAGGGAUCCAGGCUGGGAUGUGCCAGCACGGGGCCGGGAGUGCCAUAGGGCAGGAAGGGCAGCACAUCUGCCUCUGUGCCUGUCCAGCCCCACUCCUGGCUGUGCUGACAAGCCCAGUGUGCCACACAUACUUGGCCCAUGUUCCCCCGUGCCUGGGGCCAGCAGUGUGGUGACACACGAGUGCCAGGGUGGAUGACAGGCAUGCCACCGUGUGCUGGCAGCACCGGCUGCACCUGGGAGCUGGUGUGGCGGGUGCAUGGGUUCUGGUGUCAGUGUCCCCAGGGCUCUUUGGGCACCAGCUCCCUUUGGGGUGUGCAGAGGGGACCCCUCCUGGGYGGGACGGCGGUGACACCACAGAGGCGCGAGCUGCUGGCUUGCUAUUUCAGGCGAAAGGCAUAAGUGGGUCAGCCAGUGGCUCCCCCUGCACUGGGAGCCCGUGAAGGGCUCCGGGGUCAGUCCCCACCCUGGCCGUGCCACCCCAUCCCACAGGCACCCCAAAAACCAGCUGACGCGAGGAAGGGACAGAAAGGAGCAGGCGGCUGCCGGCUUCACCUGGGUACAUGAAUGUAUUUUAUUCAUUGCAUUUUGUUCACCAGUACAGUGAAAAAUGGCAUUUAAAUUUACAAUGGAUCAUUCGUUGAACAUCAUGACACAAGUAUCUUUUUUUUUCUUUUUUUUUUUUGUUUUUUUCUCAGUUUUUUUUUUUUUUUUUUUUUUUUUUUUUUUUUUUUUUUUUUUUUUUUUUUUUUUUGCGUCGUUGUCUCCAUAAAUGCCACUCGUAGGUUAUUGAAAAAGAUGACAAGUUUCUCAUGCACAUCAGAACCCCCCGAGAAGCUUCUUAAAAAAUAAAAUUAAAUUAAAGUACAAAAUUAAAAACAACGACUCAGGCCGGUCCCUGCCCUCCCCACUGUCCCCUGGCACCACCACCCUCAAGCGAGGGGCAGGGCUGGGACACCCCCCCGGCACCCGCAGCUGGCCCCGGUGGGCUCUGYCCCGGUGCUGCCGGGAGGGAACUGCAGCAGCCGCUGAUGCUGCCAAACCCUCGGUGCUCCUGCUGCCUGCGUGUGGGGGGUCGGGCCAGGGGUCCCUUCUCCCCUCCCUCCUCCUUUGGCUUUCCUCGUGCUCCCUCCAUCACUCUUGCCCCCCCUUUAAUUCUUCCCCUCGUUU